AUGCUGUUGCGUACUGUAAAGUUGCCUGGAGUCACCAAGGAUACAUAUAACUACUUUAAGACAGAGAGCGAGGGUCCAUGCCCCUCCCAUGUGGUGGUGAUGUGUAAGGGGCGUUUCUUCUCGUUUGAUGCAGUGUGUGAUGGACACAUUCUUACCCCUCCAGAGCUGCUCAGGCAUCUGACCCAUGUGAAGCAGUGUUGUGAGGGGGAGCCUACAGGUGACGGAAUCGCCGCUCUCACCUCAGAGGAGAGGACACGCUGGGCUAAGGCCAGGGAGUAUCUGAUAGGUAUAGAUCCAGCCAAUAAGACCAUCUUAGAGACCAUCCAGAGCAGUCUGUUUGUGGUCUCACUGGACGAUGCUAAACCCUACGCUACUGCAGAGAACUACACACCGGUGUCCCUGGAGGUGCUGACAGGAGACCCCACCAUCCGCUGGGGAGACAAGUCCUACAACUCCAUCUCCUUCGCUGACGGAACCUUCGGAUCCAAUUGUGACCAUGCCCCAUUUGAAGGCAUGGUGCUGGUAACUCACUGUUACUAUGUGGAUCAGCAGCUCAAAGCUACAGACGGCAAGUGGAAGGGCUCUGAGACAGUGCGGCCUAUGCCUCUUCCUGAAGAGUUGGUCUUCACUGUGGAUGACAGAGUCAGGAGUGACGUUGCACAUGCCAAGCAACAGUACUUUGAGACUACUCAGGACUUGCAGGUGGUGUGUUAUGCGUUCACCUCGUUUGGGAAAGCAGCCAUCAAACAGAGGAAGCUCCACCCAGACACCUUCAUACAACUGGCCCUUCAACUGGCUUAUUACAGACAGCAUGGGAGUGGCGGGGGCGGUAACUUUACCUUGUCCACAAGUCUGGCUGGCUACACCACAGUUCAUGGGGUGGGCGCUCCCAUGGUGCACCAUGGCUACGGGUUCUUCUACCGCAUCCGUGACGACAGGAUCGUGGCUUCCUGUACGGCGUGGAAGUCCAGUCCAGAGACAGAUGCAGAGACACUGUUCCAGAACCUGGUUACCUCCCUACAUGAGAUGCUACAUCUCGCUACCACAGCUCAGCUCUAACACACACACACGCAGAGUUUUUAGAUGGCAGCCAAUAAUAAUUGUUUAAUUUUAUCCAAAUCAAUGCAAAGGCAUUGUAACAAUGCGGCAGGUAGCCUAGAGGUUAGAAUUAGGCCAGUUACUGAAAGGUCGCUAGUUUGAAUCCCCGAGCCAAUAAGGUGAUAAAUCUUUCGAUGUGCCCUUGAGCAAGCCACUUAAACCUUUUUGCUCCUUUGCCAUGACCCUACUCUCCGGGGUUGUCUCAGGGGGAGUUGGGAUAUGCAAAAAACACAUUUCCAAAGGGAAAUAGGACAAGCAUAAGCACCCACCAAAUUAUUAUUACAAUGCAGUCCUUGAUUGUUUUCUUAAUGUUUAUUUUUGCACUUAAAUUAAUGUAAUUCUCUGAUUUUGUGCGGCAGCUAGAUUGGGAAUUUCUUGUUUUAAAAUGUAUUGAUUGAACUUCC